AUGUCGCUGCCGCAGCAGUGCGAGGCCGCGUUCGGCACCGCGGACCUGUACGGCGUGCUGGGCGUGCAGCGCGGCGCGUCCGCGCAGGAGAUCCGCCGCGGCUACCACCGCGCCUCGCUGCGCCUGCACCCCGACCGCGUCCCGCCCGAGCAGAAGGAGGAGGCCACGCGCCGCUUCCAGAUCCUGGGCAAGGUGUACGCCGUGCUGAGCGAUGAGAAGCAGCGCGAAGUGUACGAUGAGACGGGCAUGGUGGACGAGGAGGCCGAGGCGCUGCAGGACGGGCGGGACUGGCUGGAGUACUGGCAGCUGCUCUUCAAGGUCACUGUGAAAGACAUCGAAGACUUCCAGAAGAGCUACAAAAACUCGGAGGAAGAGCUGGCUGAUGUGAAAGCAGCGUACAUGAAUUUCAAAGGUGACAUGGAUAGGAUCAUGGAGUCCGUGAUGUGUGCAGACUACACGGAUGAACCCAGGAUACGGGAAAUGAUCGAGCAAGCCAUCAAGUCCGGGGAGCUCCCGUCCUACAAGGCUUUUGUAAAGGAGUCAGAGAAGAAGAUGAUGUCCAGAAGAAGGCGGGCAGAAAAAGAAGCUAAAGAGGCAAAAAAGACUAAAGAUGAACUGGGCCUUGGUGCAGAAAGUGACUUGCAGGCGCUGAUUAAAAGCCGAAGCAGAGAUCGAGAAAAGAAAAUGGAUAACUUUUUCGCCCAGCUGGAAGCAAAGUACGGGAAUGGUGCUAAAAAAGGAGGAAAGAAGACCUCAGCCAAGAAAAGAAAGGCAGAAGGGACAGCGUAGACUGAAAUACCAGGUUUCACUUUGUAUGGAAACGUGGAUUUGGGAGAAUUUUGGGUGUUUUCCAGGCUCUUGUUUUGGACUGUGUGCAUUGACUGGCUGUAAGUGGGAGACAUGACUCGGAAUGCGUGCUGAAUAAGGAAGACAAGGCAUUCCUGUGCUACUGUCUCCAACCCUUUGGAUGCUCUACAGUUGAGAUCCAUGUGUGCUAUUCACACACUUCUUCGGUAACAAACCUCUUGCUAUUUUUAAAGGUCUUUGCACAUCAGCUCAACAGGUCUUUUUCAGAUAUGCCAGUAGUUUUAUAAAGAUAGUUUGGAAAAUUGCAGAUUUAAUAAACAUGGUGGUGGGAUUUUUUUCAGA